GGCCAGUGACAUCACGCACGCUGGCCUCCAUAUAACGCAGCCUCGCUGUCUUCCGUGGAGGUCACGCACGAGCAUCAUGACGAGGAUCCGCGUCAUCUCGUCGUCCUUCAUCGGAACCAGAACCAGAAGCGACCUCCACUGACGCAGCAUGCCUGCUCCCCGCCGUGCACGACGCUCCCACGCGUAAUUGCGCAGCUCUCGCGUCGACAUGGAUCAGAAUCCGCACUUCGCGGCCAUGUGUGUGCUGGUGCUGUCCCUCGGACUGCUGGUGGACAGGGGGGGCUGUCAGCACUACUACCUCCUCCGGCCCAUCCCCAGUGACAGUCUCCCGCUCGUGGACUUAAAGGAGGACCCGGACCCCGUACUCGACCCCAGGGAGCGGGACCUUAACGAGACCGAGCUCAGGAGCCUCCUGGGAGACUUUGACAGCCGCUUUUUGUCCAUCUCGCCGCCCAGCGAGGAUAAAUUCCCCGGAAACGACGAGCUGGAGGACGUGGAGCUCCAAAAGCCCGGCGGGGUUUUGCCCAAGGAGAUCCGGGCUCUGGACUUCGACGAGCAGUUCGGCAAGAAGCACAAACCCAGUAAGAAACUGAAGCGGCGCCUGCAGCAGUGGCUGUGGGCCUACACCUUCUGCCCGGUGGUCUACACCUGGACCGACCUGGGCAACAGGUUCUGGCCGCGCUUCGUGCGUGUGGGCGGCUGCCUCAGCAAACGCUCGUGCUCGGUUCCGGAGGGCAUGGUGUGCAAGCCCGCCACCUCCACCCACCUGAGCCUGCUCAGGUGGAGGUGUUUGCAUAGGAAGGCGGGGCUAAAGUGCGCGUGGAUCCCCGUGCACUACCCAAUCAUCACGGACUGCAAAUGCGCGUGCGCAAGCUAAUCAUGUAUGCUGCGAGUGUAGUUGUUGCUGACUCGUUAUUAUUAUUAUUAUGAUUAUUUUUUAUUUGUAACCUGCAGAGUGGACUUUAUGAAUGCCUCUAUAUGUCGUCACUCCUUCUGGCCUGUAA